GCAUGACCUUUUUUUGGUCUGUGUUUUGCGUUUUCUCAUAAAGUAUUGUCACCGAAUUUCAAGGAGUAUACAUCUCCAAAUCUGUACCAAUUUGAUUUGCAAACUUGUAAUUUUCUGUACUUGACGCACCACUAACGAAACUCAAAAUGUUUUCUUCACGACGAAAAACCUCUAUAACCCGAGGUUGCGCACUUUUGGCAUUGGUGGGACUGCAACGCACCCUUUUAGGGGAAGGAGCAGCCGUGUACAAUCCACCUGGUCGUCAGGGUGAACAAACGGGGAGCGCUGGUAGAAGAGGCAGGGAUUUAGUCUUGCGGUGGCGCCCAGUAGAUAAGAGAGAACAAGCGCCCAGGACGAGUCGGGGGAGCAACUGGCGCCCCAGUCUGGCGCCCAGAAGCGCGAGCAACAGUUGGACGACCUUUCCGCAGAGGCAGACCAGGCAGACGCACGGGCACGAGGAGGCUCCGCGGGGCUGGCACUAUGAUGAUUAUGUGAGUCGGAGAAGAGCAUUUGAAAGAGGCGAGGAUCUUCAAAAUGACCACCCGGCACCAUCGGCUCAUGCGGGAAGCACGGGAUCCUUGCCAGCGGCAGCGGGGUGGCAUAGUUGGAGCGGCCAUGAUGCGGGUAGCACCAGUGGCGCCGCCCACGGCUGGCCGGAACAAGGAGGACAGGAUGUUGCACCUGUUCCAUGGCACCACAUCAAUGCCUCCGGGCUGCAGAGUACAACUACACAACCUGAACCUUCACACGGGCUGGAUUUUCAUUUUCAUCAACACGGGUAUAGCAAUAAUUACAGCCAACCCCGCCACCAGGCCGCCUAUCAUUAUCAACAAAAACCACGUCAGGAAGCCGGCGACCGACGGGCCAGCGGUCCGGAGGUCUGGGCGAGCCGACCUGGUGAUGCCGCAGCUAGUACCGCGGGCGCCGUCAGCACGCAAGAAGGAGCACCAGUGCCGCUUGAGGACCAACAGGGUAGUACCGCACCAUCUCUACGAGAGCAAGAGCUUUUAGCAAGGAUUCUCGACAAGGAACGACGUGCCGAGCAAGAAAAAAAGGGAAACAAGAGUCCGCCUUCCGUCACCAUCGCUCGGCUUAAGGAGAAGUUUGGCGUCCCCGAACCGCCGACUACUUUUCUGGACUAUGACGUCCAUUCGGGUGUCGGUUUGGGAGAUAUCCGUUUUUUGCCACGACAGGAAAAUCUAAAUUGGGACUCAUCGCGCGUGCCGCGCGGGCGGGGAGGCAGCAGCAGCAGUAAGAGCGGUCAAAAUGUUGGCGUGCGCGGUCCUAGUUGUACUUCCGACCAGGACGAAGAAGAGCAGGAGGCGGUUUUCUACAAGUUCCACCGUGUCGUCGAAAACCGGAGCACGUCCUCGCACACCUGCGGUGCACCAGCUGCACAACAUCGUCAAUUGGCUAAAAUCAGCGAAGAAAGUGGGGAAGAACUACUACUAUAUCCUGGGGGCGUCGAUGUCGCUGGUCUUCUUGGGUGCGAUAGGAAAAAAACCUAUCAUCCUGGUUGUAAGUGCGACUCGUGCCAAUCUUCUACCUGGCUGCACCCAGGUCUUUUGCCCACACCGUAUAGCGUGGCCUCUGCAUCUUCUACUGCAGGAGCCUCUCAGGAGUGUACAGCAUCAAGCUGUCCUCGUACCAGCCUUGAUAAAGGACUACUUCAGCCUGAAACUACGGCAGCGAGUGAGCAGUGGGGGGACGAAUUGCUCUUUCCGCAAGAACUACCUCUGUGCAGCGGUCAACAGCGUAGUAGUUCAAGUGCCUCCAGCUCGGCGGAAUGCCACCUUGUCGAAGAUCUUUGCAACACUGGGAAACAUCAAAAAGAAUUUUGCGGCGCGCCGCAGAAGCAAUUGGAGCAAGCGUUGGCCGACCUGGUGAACGGAUACGACAAAGCGGACUUUUUCCGCCUGCCCAUUGCUGGGGAGCAGAAAAACGCACUGUCUGCGUGGGCGGAAAAACUCGGGCUGUAUAACGCGCGAGCUGUGGAAAUAAAGACGCUUAGUACAACUACCUCGGAUCAUGUAGGAACUUCUUUUACGGGAAGUAGAAGUAGUUCAUCUCCGGUUGAUGUUCAGUUCAAUGCCGUGUUGAACUACAUUGUGCUCACGAAGGAUCUCGGGAGUUCGGCCCUGAUGCAUAUGCCGCUAGAAUUGCUAUCGGACACCACCCGCGGGUUACAGAUUUUGGUGCCCUUGCGGCUCAGUGUAGACCAGGACAGGGGGGUCACGCAAACAGUUCCGUAUCUGCUAACAGUGGAAAACAAUAAUUUGCCGGAAAAAACAAAAGAGAUGCUGUGGCAAAAAUCGAGUGGUGCGACGACCACUUUUGCUGCAACCGGGCAUGAUCAGGACACGAAAAGCUACUUCCCUUCAGAUCGUGCAGGACCACACGGCGCGACAGCAAAGUGUAAAGAUUCUUCCCCGUUCGUUGUCUCUGCGGCUGAGAUCUUUCCGCAUGGUAAAUUGGAGCGCGCACUACGGCAGGUGGUCCGGCCCCACCAAUCAAGGCGUCCGAGUCGAGUUUGCGAACAAACCUCCGACACCUUAUCUCCUCCCAACGAGGAGCCAUGCACGACCAUCUUGAACUGCGCAACAAAGAGCGGGGAGAUAGAAACGGACAGCGCUAAAAGUUGGAAGAAAAUGCUGCUCGGUUGGGCACGGGAGAAUGGAGUGCGCGUGGGAGAGUACGAGGACAAGAAAACCUCCCAGUUUCGCUAUCAAAAGGAAAAAUCCCCCCUCCCCAUAUCGAAAUGAAAAUCUGUGAUGCGGGAUUUGUGUACGCAAAUCGGCUUUGUCUUGCAGUAGAGGAGUGCAGGCAGGUACAAAGCGGGAGUAGGGGCGUUUUGCUGUAGGCGCCUAGCAAGGCAGGCACGUCCUCCGCAGGCCGUGCAGCAUGACAAAUUACCUGCAGAAUAAAGCGGCCAGGUUUUUGGAUUUGCCUUCUUGCAAUAUCGAGAGACGAUUGGCGGUCUCAAUCAGCACCACAAAUUUUCAGAAGUAUCCCGCUUUGGUACGGGGAGGGGGGAUUUUUCGUCACAAUAUUCGCCAGUUGUAUCACGAGCUGGUUAAUUUUCUCGCUUGCAGCAUUAGCCUCGGCAAAGGCGAGUCGGUCGAUCUCAAGGGGAAGAAGGUCACGGUGCCCGUCGAGCUUCCGCUGGGAGGUAACUGCAAAGCGCACUACGAGCUAACGGUAGACUUCAAAACCGGGAAACGGCACUUUACCCCCAGGCGGGGUUUUUUCCGCGAGGACCAUGGGGAGGUUCGUCCGUAACGUGGUGUGCGAUUUAUUUAUUUUCUAGCGUAGUUCUUUAGUUUCUUUGCAUUUGUAUGAUGUACGUCUUCAGACGCACUAGAAUUCAGUGGAGAAGAACUGAUCCGGCAUGCCAGCGGCGACAGGAGAGAAAUUGUAUUUGUUGGAAUAAGAGUGGCCCACUACGUAUUGCUAUAAGUGCUGCCUCUUGCGGUCGUCUGGUAUUGUAGACCCGGAGCAUUCAUCGAAGAAUGUCAGCAACUAGUCGACGCGCAAAGCACGCCCUGAUUAGAAAGAUUGCACUUGAAAAAUUCUGUACUCUGAACUACAAGUUUAUUGAUACACAUAAUUUUCACGCCGGACGACUUCUGAGGUGGAAAUAAGAAGUAGCAUUGCAUGUUUGUGUUUCAGCUCUGUCUUUCUCUUCUCUCGGAGCAUUGUGAUUUUUGCAAGAGCGCUUCGCAGAAAACGAAAAACCGAAGACAGUUUCCCACACGAGAAAAUGUGCUUGUGUAGAAUGAAUGUGGAAAACAAGAAGACAAAAUUGGCGCUUAUUUUAUGUGAAGAAAAUUGAGAAAAACAAAAACCUCCAAAACGAUAGCAAGAGGACACCAGCU